AUGGCAAAGGACAUCGACUCUUUCGAACAACCAACGACCCGAAUCGGACGUCAUCACGCCUUCUACAAGGUCAUAAUUGGCGAUUUCAACGCCAAAGUUGGCCCAGGAAGAACGCCGGAGGAAUUUCACAUCGGAACCCACGUCCUACAAUGGAACGAUCAGGGGGAGAGGCUUUCCAUGUUCAUCAUGACAUCCAUGGGAACCCGAAAUUCCAGAAACCCUCCUCUCUACGCUGGACGUGGGAGUCACCCGGUGGAGAGUACCGUAAUGAAAUAG